ACUGCCUCUUUCGACUUGAUAUAAACAGCCAUCUCGCAUCUUGAACAGCCUUAUAUUACUUGGUUCAUCUUCGUCAUAAACUCGUACAUUCCAGCUCAGACUCUGAUUCUUCUUCGCACAAGAAGUACGGGAAGGUGAAGAAGGAUAAAAAGGAUAAGAAGGACAAGAAAGACAAGAGCAAGAAGGACAAGAUGGAACAUACUGGCACUCCAGGAUUCCCCCAGGUGAUGCCCUUGAUGCCUCAGCCCCAUUUCGAACAGCAGCGCGCCCCGUCUGCCGGUCACCAGGCGCCCAUCCAGCAGCCCCCCAGCUCUGGCUUCCGUAUUCCGUUGCAUUCGUCCUCUGCCUUCCCGCAGCAGAAUAUUGCUGGACCACCUCCAUGCCAUGAUCUCGACGGAUCCCCAGUCUACAUUGGUUCUGCCAUUUUCGAUAAAUCAGUCCAUCCAUGCAAGAUCGGGCCUCAUCUUCAUAUCCCUUGCUCAGUUGCCUAUGGCGGUGGCGAGGUGGGCCACCAGGGGCGCUACGAUCUCCUCCCGUUCACUCCCGAUACCAUGGAGUUUGUACUCACCUCUCAAGGCCAUGUCCCGGCUGGCAGGAGGCCGGUUGAAGGCGGCUACGAGGAAGAUGGAACGCCGUUGUACCAUGCCGUGGCCAAAGUCAGCGAGAUUAGGGUGCCAGGAAAGACGGGCGCUCACUUGGGUGGAUGCAACGUAUCCUUUGGUGGAGGUGAACAUGUUGUUAGAGACAACUAUGAAAUCUUGUGCUGGAAGUAAUGGCGUAAAUGUAUAAAUGAAUGCAGAACGAUUUGAAAGUAUCUUGUAUAGAAUGUAACUGGAUGUAACAAUGGAAUUAUUUCAAUGCAACGUAAAAGUACAUUGUCGUCUACGCAGGAC